AUGCUACAUUAAAGUUUAGUAUGUAGAGUAUAUGUCAAGUAUAAGCUGCAUGUGGGAGGUCACCUCUCAUUAUUCACUUGUGAAAAUAACAAUAUUCUGUUGCUGUGGAGGAGCCUAUCAAAAUCCAAAGGACUGUUUACAAUUGUGGUAGAGGAAGAAAUAAUUCAACCUCAUUCAUUAUAUAGUCUGUUAUAUUCUUUGUUCAGUAUAGCUGACUAUUUAUGGCUGUAAAUACGCAUGUGUAACUGAUCAUUCUAUAAAUAUAUUGAAGCCAGUGACACGGAAGGCAUUGGAUUAUUAAACCCAUGUUUGGAUUACUGAUAUUAUUGUAGCAGAUUUAUGAAUCUAGAACACUCAUAAAACAAUAUGUUUAGUAGAAAAAAGAAAGUUCCACAUGUGCCACAGGCGGCACAGAAUGAGGAUCUUGGCUUACAAUCAGAUCCGCUCUCACAGAUGUCGGAUAAAGAUGUUGAUGAAAAUUUUGAAAAACUUCUUGAUGACAUGAAUUUAACAGAAGCGAAAAAGGCUCCAUUAAGACAGAGAGAUGUAACAUUAAAACGUUCUAUGCUUUCUAUGCAUAAUAAAGGAUCUGCUAAGCCUGCCAAGAAAGAUACACCACAAGAAUUUAUACAAGAAUUACAAAAUGCUGAUUUAAAAGGAGAUAAAAGAUUGCGAGUUUUAGAAUCAUUGCGAGUUUCUUUAACCAGUAAUCCUGUCAGUUGGGUACAGGAGUUUGGAGAAAAGGGUUUUAAUGGUAUAUUGAAAAAUUUAACAUUUUGCUGUGAUUCGAAAACAGAGAGAAGAGGUGCUUAUGAAUGUGUGAGAUGUUUAAAAGCCUUUACAAACAAUAAGUUUGGUUUAUUAAAAAUAUUAGACCAUGAAGAAGCCUUAAUAAUAUUAGCUCGUACCAUAGAUCCAUCUGAUCCUGCUACCAUGUUAGAAGCUGUCAGAAUAUUGGCUGCUAUAUGUUUAGUCCCUCCAAAUGGUCAGGAAAAAGUUUUAGAAGGAAUAACAGAUUUUGGUGAAAUUAAAAGUCAAGAUAGAUUUGUUCCUGUAAUUAUAGGAUUAUCAACAUUUGAGAAUUUAGCCAUGCAGGUAGCCUGUAUGCAGUUAGUAAAUGCCAUUGUUAGUACACCAGAAGAUUUAGAUUUUAGAUUACAUUUGAGAAAUGAAUUUAUGAGAACUGGUUUAAAUCAAAUUUUAAAACAACUAGAGGAAUCAGAAGAAAGUGAGUUAAUCACACAGGUUAAUGUUUUUAAAGAACAUAAACAUGCUGAUUUUGAUGAAUUUUCACAACGAUAUGAUAACAUACGCUUAGAGAUGGAGGACCCACUGGCCUGUUUUCAGUUAAUUUCUAAGACAGUAGAUAAUACAGCAGCUGAACCAUAUUUACUGUCCAUAGUACAACAUUUAUUAUGUAUAAGAGAUGAUACACACUCCAGACCUCAAUAUUACAAAUUAAUAGAAGAAUGUGUUACUCAGAUAGUUUUACAUAGAAAUGGUGUAGAUCCAGAUUUUAAGUCAACACAGAGAUUUGAAAUAGAUGUAGAACCUUUACUUGCUGAUUUAACAGAAAAGGAAGCAGAAUCAGAAGAAAACAGUGACCUGAGUAAAAAAUUAGAAAGUGCUCUCACAUCUAAACAAGAGGCAGAGGCUAAAACAACAGGUUUAGAAGAAAAAUUACAACAGUUAGAAAAAGAAUUUAGCCAACUGAAACAAGGGUUAAAGGAUGGACUUGUUGCUAACAUCAGUUCAACUAUAUCUCAAGGACAAUCUGGAGUUUCUACUGGACAGCCUCCUUUACCUGGAAAUGCGGUAGCACCAGGAGGAAAACUAGUACCUCCUCCACCAGCACCUCCACCAGCACCUCCUUUACCAGGAGCACCAAUUCCUCCACCACCACCAACUAUAAAAGGUGGACCUGUAUCCUUUGCCCCACCUCCACCCGGUGCAGGACCAAAAGCCCCUCCUCCUCCACCCUUACCAGGAGGUAUACCUCCACCACCUCCUCCACCUCCAGGUAUGGGAGGAGCACCACCCCCUCCUCCACCUCCUCCACCUCCCGGUAUGGGAGGAGCCCCACCCCCUCCUCCACCUCCACCUCCAGGUAUGGGAGGAGCCCCACCUCCUCCUCCACCUCCAGGUAUGGGAGGAGCCCCACCUCCUCCUCCACCUCCAGGUAUGGGAGGAGCCCCACCCCCACCACCUUUACCAGGAGGAGGACCACCACCACCUCCUCCACCUCCAGGAAUGGGAGGCCCACCACCUCCACCACCAAUGUUAGGAGGUCCUCCUCCACCAGCUCCAGCAUUAGGUAUUCAAACUGUAAGAAAGAAAUAUACACAGACAGUACAAACAAAACGAUUAAACUGGAAUAAGAUUAAUGUUAGAAAUCUAGAUGAAGACGCAAUAUGGACAAAUAUUAAAGAAGAAGAAUAUGAAAGUGAAGAUUUGCUUCUGAAAUUAGAAUCUAAAUUUGCUGUCAAAGCACCUCCUACAAAAGAGACUGAAAAUGUUGCAUCCAAGAAACCAGCUAAAAAAGUGAAAGAAUUAAAAGUAUUAGAUGGUAAAAUGGCACAGAAUUUGUCCAUCUUUCUUGGUUCUGUCAAGGUACCAUAUCCUGAAAUAAAGAGACGUAUUUUAGCUAUGGAUGAAGAAAACUUAUCAGCUCAAGUUAUUGAUCAGCUUAUUAAAUUCAUGCCAUCCCCAGAAGAAAUGAACAAAAUAGCAGCAUUAACAGAUGAUUACAAUGAUUUGGCUGAAGCGGAACAAUUCUGUGUUACAAUGAGUAGUAUUAAAAGACUUACACCACGUUUGAAUUCUAUGCUCUUUAAAAUGGGAUUUCCAGAAGCUGUUUCAGAAAUUAAGCCAGGUUUAGUAGCAGCAGCUGAAGCAUGUGAGGAAGUCCUAAACAGUAAAAAGUUUACUAAAUUGAUGGAGCUAAUUUUGUUUGUGGGCAAUUAUCUAAAUGCAGGUUCAAGAAAUGCACAAACUGUUGGUUUUGAUAUCAGCUUUUUAACUAAGUUGAAUAAUACAAAAUCUCAGGAUGGAAAAACCACUUUAUUAAACUUUUUAGCAGAGAUAGUUGAGGAUAAAUAUCCCGAUAUAGCUGGGUUUAUUGAUGAUUUAUCAUAUGCAGAUAAAGCGGCACGAGUGUCUGAUGAACAACUAACAAAAAAUUUAAAUGACAUGAACAAACAAUUGAACAAUUUAGAACUUGAUCUUAAAAAUAUGAACAAUCAACAAUUAGUAGAAGGGGAUGAAUUUGCUAAUGUUAUGAAUCAAUUUGUAACAUCAGCUAGAGAUCAGUAUGAAGUAUUAAACAAUAUGUACAAAAAAGUUGAUACUUUAUUUACUAAACUUUCUAAAUAUCUUACUUUUGACAACAAAAAAUACUCUUUAGAAGAAUUCUUCACAGAUUUAAAAACAUUUAAAGCUAACUUUCAGGCAGCUCAUGCAGAAAAUAUCAAAAUACGAGAAACCAAUGAAAAGAUUAGAAGAGCUCAAGAAUCACGAGAAAAAGCUGAACAAGAAAAGAAAGAUAAAAAAGCUAGGCAGAAUGCUAUAUUAGAUAUGACAACGGAUGAUGACCAAGAGGGUGUGAUGGAUAAUCUACUUGAAGCAUUAAAAACAGGUUCUGCAUUUACUGCAAACCGAGAAAAACGAAAAAACCCUAGAGCUACAGGAGCUGAACGGAGAGCUCAACUUAAUCGGUCCAAAUCUAAAGAUCUUGUCUCAACAUCUCAGGAAAUGAGCCUUGGUGAUGUUAUCAAUGCAAGUUUAGAUUCACCCCCAUCUAAAACUCCGGUCACCACACGUGUACGCCGUGCACCUCCCAAGCGUGAAACUUGAAACAGAAAAACCUAUUGAUAGUUUCAGAAUUGUUUAAACUGAAAAUAGUCCAUGCAGCAUGGAUGAAACUUUUGUUUAUUUAUCCGGAGGGAUAAAGUUUGAAUUCUCACCAGCAGCAUCACCACCCUCAUCAUCAUCAUCAUCAUCAUCAUAAUUGUUCCUAGUAUGAAAUAUUUUCAUUUCUAUUGUUUGUCUUUAAGUGAACUCAUCAAACUUUAUUAAAUUAUUUGAAAUGUGAAUGUGAAGGGAACAACCACAUUGGGAAUAAUUUACACGAAUUAUUAAAUAAUAUUUAUGUGUGUCAAGUCAAAACAAGGUGAAUUUGUGUAUAAAUUUAGUUAAACUUUGUUGAAUGUAUGCCUUAUCAAAUUAUAUAUGUGUACAGUAUGUAUCACCUUUGACCAAUUUGAUUAACAUUUGUAUUUAGACAGUAAGAAUCUCAUCUUGGUGUAUAUGUAUUCUGGACUGACUGGCAAUAAUUGAAUUGACAAUCUGACAAAUUUACCCAUCGACCAAUAUUCCAAUCUAACUAAAAUUUGAAUUAAAAUUCAUUCCGGUUUAAAUUUUGAGACACAAUGGACAUUUUAAAAUCUGUACACGAGUCAUGUACCCAAUCGUUUCGGUCCCAAAAGGAAUGAACAAAAAAAUACAUAUCCUAAAUUGCAAUAGGGCAGUCAGUAAUUCACAAAUGAUAAAAUAAUAAUAAAAAAAAUGUGAAGAAUGGGCUAAUUAGGUGUAUACGAUUGCCAUUCAAUUUUACGGAACACAAUUGAUUAGAAAUUACAGUCUUUUUUUUUUAAAAAAUGAAUAUAAAUCCCUUUAUAUACACUCAUAUUACAUUAAUAUGUGUUUUUAGAGACCCAUUUAUGGUUCCAAAGAAUUGAGCCAUACACCCUUUAAUUGUACAUGUAGCUACUACAGUGAUUGUUUAAAAUCAUUUUUAAUGUAGAUGUGAAAGUAGACUGUUAAAUUAAAUGCUUGGAAAUAGGGUGUUUUUAUAAAUUAUAAACACUAAGUAGCUUUACUGUGUAAGAUACAUUCAAAAUCCAUUUUCAGAUUCAAAGAAUGCUAAAAACAAGUCAUGUUUUCUGAUGUCUGAACAAGCUGUCUAAAAUUGCACAUAUAUCAUAUUAUUUGAUUCAUCUAGCUUCUAUUUAUCUAUGUGGAUUAUUUAUUCACAGAAAUGUAUUUGCAGGUGCUGGUAACGGAUAUGUAUUGCUUCAGUAGUACUUUCAGAAUGUUUGUUAUAUAUUUUAUCUAGUGAUAUUUACAAAUGGUAAGCUGUUGUUUGUUAAUAAUAUCAUAUUUAAUAUAAUAUGUCUUUCACUGAAUAAUAUUAUUUUCGGUAAUUUUAUAAAUAAAAUUAUUUUUGUUAA